GCGUCGGCGUCGUGAGGAGCUGGGACACCUCCCGCCUCCAGGCCUUGCGGAGGGGGUUUGCAGCUGACUUUGAUGAAUCUAAGCCCCCCAGCGUAGGACAGCUGGAUACGCUGAAAGAGUUUGCUGGAAUCGCUGCUGGAGACUCAGAUCCCGAGAGCUUGGCUACUCUUGCCUUUCUUUAUAUGUGCCUGGCUAUUUCGGCUAAGUAUGGAGACGUUCCCAGCGUGGACAUCCUGGUGUGGUCUGAGCUGCCCACGGGCGCUGGGCUGGGCUCGAGCGCUGCCUACGCCGUGUGCCUGGCGGCGGCCCUGCUGACGGCCUGCGGAGGCGUUUCGUGCCCUCUGAAGGAAGGGGAGNUGCCUUGCAGGUGGACAGAAGAAGAGCUGGCUCUGAUUAACGGCUGGGCCUUCCAGGGGGAGCGGGUGAUCCAUGGCACUCCCUCGGGUGUGGAUAACGCUGUCGGCACCUGGGGUGGAGCCCUGAGAUACCAAUCAGGAAAAAUCACACCAUUAAAGAGGGUGCCGACGCUGAGGAUCCUGCUGACCAACACCAAAGUCCCUCGAAGCACCAAGGCCCUGGUGGCCAGCGUCAAGGAGAAGGUCCUGAAGUUCCCUGCGAUAAUGAACCCAGUGCUGGACUCCAUCGAUGCAAUUUCUCAGGAGUGCCAAAGUGUUCUGGAAGCGAUGCCUGCAAAUCCAUCACCGGAAUAUUACCCUGUGCUGGAGGAACUCUUUGAUAUAAACCAGCACCACUUAAACGUGAUCGGAGUCGGCCAUCCCUCCCUGGACAGGCUGUGCCGGGUGACGGCGUCCCACGGCCUGCAUAGUAAGCUGACCGGGGCUGGCGGGGGCGGCUGUGGCAUCACCCUGCUGAGACCAG